GGGUCGGUGCACAGCCGGCGCAUUCUGGACCUGAGCGGAACCUCCCCGCGGCCCUGCCGCGCCCCGUCCUGACAGGUACCAUGAUGUGGGGUGCAGGCAGCCCCCUGGCCUGGCUCUCAGCUGGCCCAGCCAAUGUGAAUGCCAGCAGCAUGGGCUCAUCAGAGGGGCCCACAGGCCCAGCAUCCCCACUGCCCCCACCCAAGGCCUGGGACGUGGUGCUGUGCAUCUCAGGCACUCUGGUGUCCUGUGAGAAUGCACUGGUGGUGGCCAUCAUUGUGGGCACUCCUGCUUUCCGUGCCCCCAUGUUCCUGCUGGUGGGCAACCUGGCUAUUGCAGACCUGCUGGCAGGCCUAGGCCUGGUCCUGCACUUUGCUGCUGUCUUCUGCAUUGGCUCGGCGGAGAUGAGCCUGGUGCUGGUCGGUGUGCUGGCAAUGGCUUUUACUGCCAGUGUUGGUAGCCUACUGGCCAUCACUGUCGAUCGAUACCUUUCUCUGUACAACGCCCUCACCUACUACUCGGAGACGACAGUGAUGCGGACCUAUGUGAUGCUGGCCCUAGUGUGGGGAGGUGCUCUGGGCCUCGGGCUGCUGCCCGUGCUGGCCUGGAACUGCCUGGAGGCCCCGGCCACGUGUGGUGUGGUAUAUCCGCUCUCCAAGAACCAUCUGGUAGUCCUGGCCGUUGCCUUCUUCAUGGUCUUUGGCAUCAUGCUACAGCUCUAUGCUCAGAUCUGCCGCAUUGUCUGCCGCCAUGCCCAGCAGAUUGCCCUCCAGCGACACCUGCUGCCCGCCUCCCACUAUGUGGCCACCCGCAAGGGCAUUGCCACACUGGCUGUGGUGCUUGGUGCCUUUGCCGCCUGCUGGCUUCCUUUCACCGUCUACUGCCUGUUGGGUGAUGCCCACUCCCCACCUCUCUAUACCUAUCUCACUCUGCUCCCUGCCACCUACAACUCCAUGAUCAACCCCAUCAUCUAUGCCUUCCGCAAUCAGGAUGUGCAGAAGGUGCUGUGGGCCAUCUGCUGCUGUUCCUCUUCCAAGAUCCACUUCCGAUCCCGGUCCCCCAGUGAUGUCUAGUUGCCUCUUGCUGACCCUUCAGCCCUGAUCACAACAGAAAUCCAGAACAUUAGGUCCUCUACGACUUUGUUCCAACUCCCCAGUUCCACACCCCCAAGGCCCAGCUGGUUCUGGAGUUCUAGGACAUUGGGUGUUUCACAGCAUUCUGUUUAGAUCUCUAUAGGGCUCAGCUGGUCCAGUGGUUCUAGAAUGUUCAUGUGGUUAGGGGUCAGGAUUUAACUCAGAAACAUCCCAUAGUCCAGUAGCUCAAAGUUCCUUAUGCUGCUGGGUGUUUCUCAGUGCCAUUCCAAGUCCUUGCUCUUUCCUCUCCCUUGAUCUUGAUCAUGCCACUUUAUUUUUGAGUUUGAAAGCUUAACAACAACAACAACAAAAGAGUCAAAGAGGUUACUCCUCUGAUGCCUACAUAGGGGAGAGAAUUAUCUGUAUAUAUGUGCACAUAUGAAGAGAGUAUUUACUAUUUAUUUAUUUAUGAAUUUAUUUAUGGAUGGUAAGGAGAAAAAAAGAGACUCAUACUUUGAAAUCCAGGCCAUACCAGGGUGCCCCCUCCCCCAAUUCUAAUACCCCUAUUUGUGACCUCAGUUCCUAGAGGGGGAAAAAGGGAGAAAGAGAAACCACGUAUUUUGUUAUUAUUUUUGCUUAUUUUUUAUCAAAGAGAUCAUAGAAACCAGAGCCUUCUCCCCAGGCCUGGCCCCCUCGGGUUUGCUGGGAGAACACACCAGCCUCUGGUUUUUUAUUUUUUUAAGAAGCCAUCACCUGAGCAACCGAGAAUUCCUCUGUGCUGGGGGCCGGCUGCCCUCUGGUGGCCAUCUGGGGAAACCGCAGCCCGGCCAAGCAGCCGGUAUCAGGUCUUGCUUGCAACCCCAAUUCCACUCCGGCCUAGGGUCUGGUGCCACAGCCAUGGCCUCACCCUGCGGUGCCCUAGAGGAGGUAGGGCUUGAGCCAAUGCCUGACCCUGAUGCCAACCAGGGUAUGGCCCUCAGUGCAUUCCCUGUUCCUUUCCACGAUCCAGCCCUCAAUAAACAAAGAUUUUUGUGAUAAA